GGGGAAUAACGAAAUCGCGGAAGAAAUUCCUAAGGGCGUCUAGGCUGGCAAGUUGCUCCAUUCCAGGGAGGGAAACUGGAGAGAAGGGAAGGCAGAAAGCAGCUCUAAAAAUAUUUUAGAUUGCAUCGUUUUUCCGAUCUUUGUCGGUCAUAUUUAUAGGAGAGAGAUGGAAUCGGCCAUUAAGACGUUGGUGAGCGUCUACAUAAAAUCAGCCAAGGGCAAGGACAGCCUGGGAGAGAAGGACUUCCAGAACCUUGUGAAGAACAAGCUGAGCAACAUCAUGACGGACACGGACAGCAAGGACGCCAUUAAGGAGAUGCGCCAAGGGCUGGAUAGCGAUGCAGACGGCAAGGUCGGUUUCCAGGAAUACCUGACCCUGGUGGGCUACCUUGCUAACACUCUGAGCGAGCAACGCACCGCCACCAAGGAGACACCAGCGGCAGAAGGAGAGCAAGAAGAAGCAUCAUAGAUUCCCUCAACUGGCUUUAUCCAUGCACAGCAUACCACCCUGUUAGUACACAUCAUGUGACUGCACCUCACACUAUACAUACCAUGUGACCGAACCUUCACAUCAUACACACCAUGUGACCGAACCUUCACAUCAUACACACCAUGUGACCGCACCUUCACAUCAUACACACCAUUGCACCCACACAGCAGUGUACACCAUGUGACCGCACCCUCACAGCAGCGUACACCAUGUGACCGCACCCUCACAGCAGCAUACGCCAUGUGACCGCACCCUCACAGCAGCAUACGCCAUGUGACCGCACCCUCACAGCAGCAUACACCAUGUGACCGCACCCUCACAGCAGCAUACGCCAUGUGACCGCACCCUCACAGCAGCGUACACCAUGUGACCGCACCCUCACAGCAGCAUACACCAUGUGACAUCGCCAGGUCAUAAGCACACACCACUACUGUCCUGAAUUACCAUCAUACAAGUGCACCCAUAAAACAUUAUAUGCCAUCAUAUAUUCACUGACACACAACAAAUAGCAAUCCUGUCUAACAUAAUACAAACCACUUAGCAAACAUACACUACAGCAUUGUGCAUAAUAUUAAUAUAUGUUUAAUCCAUCUCUUUGCUUUGACUUAAACUUGCAUGCUUGUACGUUCUUAAAAUCUCAAACGCACUGGUAUUUAAUACUUGUACGGAUGUUGCAGCAUGCUGACAGCACUAGUAUUUAAUACUUGUAUGGAUACUGCAUCAUGCUGACAGCACUAGUAUUUAAUACUUGUAUGGAUACUGCAUCAUGCUGACAGUACUAUUAUUUAAUACCUGUAUGGAUACUGCAGCAUCCUGGCAGCACUAUUAUUUAAUACUCGUGUGGCUGCAUCCACAUGCUGACAGCAUUAGUGUUCGGUACCUGUGCACACAUUUACACGACAGUCUACUCUUUGCACACUUUUUAAACGCCUUUCAAUUAGCAACAGAUAAAGACUUGGAAUAUCAGGUGUAUGACAUCCCAUCCAUGUAAGGAACGGGGGUGAAUUAUUUAAAGGCGAGAUGGAAUGAACACCAGAAAGCCAGUGCCCUGGACACCUGGAGGCCUGGCGUGGGUGGCGGGGGUGUGUGUGACCAGCCCCACCGCGCUGGCUGGUAUGCCCACCUUACACCUCGAUGCCCCCACUAGUACUUCAUCACAAUACUGUGUAUGUAGAGGUAGCAUUAGGCAGUGUAAAUCCCGGAAACACGGUGGGCUCCUCCCACGUAUGUGAAAAGCUCCACACAUAGACUGCUUCCUGUAAAAAUGGAUACAUGUAAAAUAAUGACGUUUUAAGUUGUGUUCCUAUAAAGCAUCUACCAGGGAAAUAAAUAAUUGAAAUAA